CAUACCUUGAACCCAUAGAUCGCUAUAGUUCUGAACUAACAGUUUCCACUUGCGAACACUUUGUCUCAUUGAGUAGAUCAUUUUUCAAACACAGAAUAACACGUCGUAUAAACUAAACUAAAUACAUUCAUUUCAAAAUGAGCUCCCUAAGCUACUUUGAUAUGCAGAUGCUCAGAAAUGAGAUAGAAAAUUACAAACAAGCUGAAAAACUUCAGCUUGAGGAAAUCCAAGAAAAGAAUUGUAGGAUUUCAAGUCUUGAGGCAUCUUUGAAAGAAGAGCAGGGACUGGUUGCAAAGAUGAAAGAGGAGUCCAAAGAAAUGCAGGUGCUCAGAAAUGAGAUAGAAAAGUACAAACAAGCUGAAAAGCUUCAGUUGGAGGAAAUCGAUGAAAAGAAUUCUAAGAUUUCAAGUCUUGAGGCAUCUUUGAAAGAAGAGCAGGAACUGGUUGCGAAGAUGAAAGAGGAGUCCAAAGAAAUGCAGGUGCUCAGAUAUGAGAUAGAAAAUUACAAACAAGCUGAAAAACUUCAGCUUGAGGAAAUCGAUGAAAAGAAUUGUAAGAUUUCAAGUCUUGAGGCAUCUUUGAAAGAAGAACAGGAACUGGUUGCGAAGAUGACAGAGGAAUCCAAAGAUGAAAAGAUGGAAAAAAUGGAAAAUGUUUUGCUGGAAACCAAAUCCCAGCUAAGGUCCGCAGAGUCACAGAAUGUAGCUCUCACAAACAAAUAUGAGGCAAAAAUUCGGGCUCUUCAUAAGGCAAUCAAACACCUUGAAAAUAAGUGUGCCACUGAAAAAACGAUGCGGGACAAGAAAGAAAAGGAGGUGGAAUCUCUGGUUGUCCUUAAAAUCAAAAAUGAGCAGGAAAAACAAGAACUCAAGAUGAAGCUAAGCAAGACGACUGAGGAAAAAAAUGAAACACUUAAAGAACUGCAGAAACAAAAUGAGCAGCUUCAGACUGAGAUUCAGAACAAUGAGAAGUACAUUCAUCGUAAUGACUUCCUUGAAAGAAGGAUAGACGAGCUUCUUACACUACCUGGGGAGGUGUACUGCCGUCAACAGAAAGUUAAAAGUGUGGAAGAAGAAAAAGAGAAACUACAGGCUGAACUUAAAAAGUGUCAAAGACAAAAUGAGGAGUAUAAAGCGGGAAAGCGCUGGGCAAUAGAUGAGAAAAACCAACUGACAAAGAAAAAUGAUGAACUGAAAGUACGUCAAAGGAAGAAGGAAUGUAACAACAUAACGUUGAGGAAAGAGUUAAAAGCUAAAGUCCUGGAAUCUGAAAGUCAGAUAAAGGAGCUGGCAAGGCAACGUUUUACUAUCGACCGUCUGGAAAACUGCCUUGAGGAUAAAACUAAGCAAAUAAUUAUAUUUGAAAAUGAGACGCAGGAGUCUGGGAAGAAAAUUUCAUCCCAAAAAAAUAACAUAGCCCGUCUGAAAACUGCUCUUAGCAAAGCAGAAAACGAUCUGGAACUGGAGAUAAAGAGAAGUGAAAAUCUUAGGUCUGAUAAAGUGCUCCUUUCUGAGACAAAGUUCUGCAUUGAGAACGAACUCUAUACAGCUAGAGACACUAUAAAGACACUUCAGAAUAAAAUCAAAGAAAAGGCUCAAGAACUCCAAGAGACAAACGUAGACCUUGCCAAUGCUAAGACCAGCUAUAAUGCUGUAAAGACUGAGCUGGACAUUAUCAAACUGCAGCAGGCAGAACAAAAGAAAGAACACGAGAAACAGCUUAGCUCUGCAAAUGACAACCUCUUCACAGUGAAGUCAAAGUUGACGCAAACUGUGGAGGACAAAGAAGAGGUUGAGAAAGCUCUGACAAAGUCCAAACACACAGUAUUUAAGCUUGAGCAAGUAAUAGAAGAACUGGAAACUGACAUUGGCAUUCAACGACAAAAGAAUGCAGUACAGAAAAAAGAAAAUGACGAUCUGCUGCAACAGCUGAAGGGACUUUAUGACACGCUCGGCCGCACUGUGCAAGUCGAGAAAAAAGCCUCCCCAGAGCAGCAAAGAAAGGAUGGGGAUGAACAAAUAGCCCGGAAAAAGGUGAGAUUUGACCUGAGUAAUGCGGAAUACUUUCCAUCCAAAGGCGACAAUGAGCUGAAAGAACAACAGAAAGAAAUUAGAGACCUUAAGGGUAAAACUGGUAACAAGCUUACCACAUAUGACAGUAAGCUAAAAGCAGUGCAUGGCCUGCUACCUCCUAUUUCCACUAGGGCCCGGUCUAAAACUGUAGACAACUCAAAGAAGCAGUCUGAGUCUAGGAGCUCACUCAACCUCAAGUCCACUGUUACUCCCAAGGCAGAAGAAGAAAUGUUUCAUCCCCAUUCACCUGAACUUAUUUCCCAGUCAACUCUACGUAGAGUAUACAAUCCUGCUACAAAACUACUCAAGCGCCGGCCUUCAGCCAAACCCAACCACAUCUAAAAAAUCCUCCUACCAGUUCUCACACUGACUCCAAAGAAAUAAUCAGCUUUUAAGCUGGUUAAAAAAUAUCUAUUUCUUUGUUUCCAAAGUCAAAAUAAAUCACAAAGAGACAAUAUCAGAAAAAAAUUUAAUACCCGCCCAUCCUGAGGGUAUAUUACAUCCGUAACCCAGGAGAGGCUGUAUUUGCUAUAACAUCAUAAAUGUAAGACAAUAAGGACAUCUCUGCAUGUGUGAGGAAGUGACAUGCAUUUCAUCUAUGUCGCUUCAUCACCCCCAACCGGUCGAGGUAGAUGGCCGCCCCUCACUGAGCCUGGUUCUACUGAAGGUUUCUUCCUAUUAAAAGGGAGUUUUUCCUU